UUGGCUUUGGGCAGAACUGUAAACGAAGUCGCGACGACCCUCAAGCUUUUUCUCUCCAUUUUAAACGAACAAGGAAUGAGCUAGAAGAGCUGAGAAUGUUAUUUGGGUAUCUUAGCUAGCUUUUCUCUCGCUCUGCGGUGUAUAAAGGAGCCCUGCGGGACAACAAAUUGCAAAAAGCAAUUUGUUGCUCUCGGUUGUCGUCGGAUUUGACCUGUUUAACUACUGACGUCCUGAAUAGGAUUUGCGGUCCGUCAAUGAGGAACUACAGGCUCAUCUUUUGCCAUAACCUGAAGCAGCCAUAGAUGGUCAUUAAAUUUACUGCUAGUGAGUAGAGCAGGAGAUACAAUAAACAUCUGGAUUUUUAAAGUAAAAACACGAGCGACUGAAGCGGUGCGGCUGUGGAAGCGAUGAGGAAGAGCCUCUCUCGUACCCUGAGCGAGUCCCUCAACACAGCCAGGGUGUUCGGUAUCCCUCUGGAGGAGGUGCAGCAGAGCGGCCAGCCAGGCCACGAGGUCCCCGUGUUAGUCAGGACCAUCGUGGAGUACAUCGAGGAGCAUGGGGGACUGGGUCUUGAAGGUCUGUUCUUGGUGAACGGAAACGCCGAGCGUGUUGAAUGGCUGCGACAGCGAUAUGACAGUGGUGAGGAGGUGAAUUUGGAGAAGGAGGCAGAUCUGGCCUCAGCCGUCAGCCUGCUGCGCCUCUUCCUGCAGGAGCUCCCAGAACCCAUCAUUCCUGCAGACCUGCAGACACACAUACUACAUCUUUAUCAAGAAUACAGCGGCGAGGAUGAGUUGGCGAGAAACAUGAAAUACAUCUUGCAGCAGCUUCCCCAGGUCAACUACAGCUUGCUGCGUUUCCUGUGCCGCUUUCUCUCGAACGUGGCUUCUCUUCAGGAGGAGAGCUGGAGCAUCAAUGCCCUCGCUGCUGUCUUUGGUCCUGAUAUCUUUCACUUGGAGGCAGACGUGGAGGAGCUCAGAGAGCAGGAGUCAGUAAGCCGCAUUCUGGCUGAUCUGCUUGAGAACUGGGAGGACUUCUUCGACACGGAGGAUGACCUUUCCACUAGUAAUGACUACAGCUCCAUUAACGAACAGAUCACUGAGCUCCUAGAAGAUGAAAAGAUUGACUCGUGUGAGGAGCUCCUGCAGGAUGGCGAGGACGGUCCUUCUUCACUCUCCCCCAGACACCCCAGUGUCACCCCUUCUUCUAGCUCACACAUCACUUCCAUCAGCAUUCUUCCAAGAUCUGCAGAUAUCCUCCAGAGGACUAUCCGAGCUGCCGUGGAGCAGCACUUUCUGGAUCUGCAGAGCUCCAUAGACAAAGAUCUCAGCAGCUAUGAGGGCCAAGGCUCGUCCAGCCAAGCCGGCCUGGGGCAGAGCACAAGUGAGAAGACUGCGGGUGCAGAAGAGCAUGGAGGAGAAGAGAAGACCUACACCGGAUCACCCGCUCCUGCCGACCCAGAGCGUGCAGAAGAGGAAAAGGAAUUUCAAGGCUCCCAGCCUAGUGACCUUGUGCCAGAGGAAAAUCUGAGAAUGGAUCUUGACACAGAGGCUCUCGUAGAUGCUGAGAACAAUAUUAACGCAACUCCAAGGUUAGAAAUGUAUCCCGAGUAUGAGCACAUGGAGCAGACUGAUGCUGCCACCUGUGAGUCUCCCGCAGAGGUGUGUGAUCUGAAUGCCAACACAGAAAGCAGUGAGCAGCCCUACCUGACGGCACAUCAACUUCAGUCCCACUCUGUCAUCCAUGACGGAGAGCAGGAAGCCUCAUGCCCCUACACUUCCCCCCUCAUAGACUUCACAUGUAUGCACCUGCAGACAGAAGGGCAGGAUCCCGUUCCAGUGUUUCUGUCAUGGCAGGAGGAGAGUGAGUCUGGAGAGGCUCAGCUGUCUCCACUGGCAGGCCGCUUGUUGCCCCUGCCUCUAGGGGAAGAUGCGCAGCCGUUACUGGCUCGUCACUUCCUGGACUUCAGUCACAGUCAGCGCUUCCUGCAGCAGGAUUCAGAUGCCACGUCUUCAAAUAAAACACUGUCCUGUGGAAGGCCUCGCCGGGCUUCCUUCAGCUCCAAGGAGAGUGUAAAGGGAGACAGUGUCUGUCAGCAGCUCACAAAGAAACUCCAAACUCUGAAGAAAAAGAUCAAGCAGUUCGAGGAGCAGUUUGAAAAAGACAAGAACUACAUGCCAUCUCACGCUGACAAGGCAGCCAAUCCCAAAGUCCUGAAGUGGAUGACUGACCUCACCAAAAUCCGUAAACAGCUUAAAGCAGGACGACAGAACCUCUUACCCAAAGCUUCCCUGAGGCACCAGGCAGUGCUUCACUUGCACAGACGCCACUCCUCUGCUCUGAACACACCCUAUUUUACACAGUCACGCCCCCUCACUGUCUCUAGACAGACACCCCACUUCUAUGCCAAACACAAGGCAGAGAGCGAGUUGACCCCACAGACACGCCCACGCAGCAACACACUGCCCAAGAGCUUCGGCUCUACUUUGGAUCACACGAGUCCUGAGAGUCUCACCGAGAGAGAGGGUGAGGGACGGGGCUGCCGGCCCACCCGUGAGGAGACACUCCAGCUCAUCGAGCAACAUCUAAGAACUAAGAGAGAGGAGGACGACUGGCCUGAGGACAUCAAAAAAAUGUCAAAAGAGCAUCUGACUUGUGAAAAGGCGGUGCUACAGAAGAACUUGCUGUAUUAUGAGGGACUGCAUGGUCGUCCUGUCACGCGCGAAGAACGCUUGAUUGUCAAACCAUUGUAUGAUCGGUACCGGCUGGUGAAACAGAUGCUCACCCGUGUCAGCAUCACCCCAAUAAUUGCCUCGCCCUCCAGCAAGAGACGCAAUCAGACCCUGCAGCCCAUCAUCGAGGGCGAGACUGCACACUUCUGCGAUGAGAUCAAAGAGGAAGAGGAGGAGGAGGAGGAGGAAGAGCAGGAAAGUGGAGGGAUGCAGAGCGAGGCGUCUGAGGUCAUCAUUGCUUUGGACCCGGCAGCCCAACCCAGCUCCCAGCAGCCUCUCCCCGAUAGCAUCCUUAGGCCCAAGUUAGGCGAAAGCUCUGGCAAGUUGACCCUCGACCUGCGCCUGUCCAGCUCUAACGCUUCCUCCAUGCCUGAGCUCCUGGAGCAACUGUGGAAAGCCAGAGCAGAGAAGAAGAAGCUGAGGAAGACCAUCCGUGAGUUUGAGGAGGAGUUCUACAAACAGAAUGGAAGGAACGUACAAAAGGAGGACCGCACGCCCUUGUUGGACGAGUACAUGGAGUAUAAACGCAUCAAAGCCAAACUGCGCCUGCUCGAGGUCCUCAUCAGCAAGCAGGACUCAUCCAAGUCCAUCUAGAAUCCAGCCUGCAGCGUCAGCAACGUUGACCCCCUACACCACCACCACCACAUCAACUACAUCACAUCAUGAAACAAAUCGACAUUCAAAGAUUCAACAGGAGGACAUUCUCUCUGUUCCAGUUUUUUUUUUUUUGUUUGUUUUGCCUGCUUGAUUUAUUUAUUUUCUUGUUAUUAUUAUUAUAGUCGUGAGAACUCCUCAGCAUGAAGAGGAUGAACACACUCGGCGUUUAAGCCACUUCAACAAAAAAGUGUGUGAGAGUGGACACCAAGAACAGAACUUCCAACCACAUCCCCAGUCAGCAAUCUUUCUCAGACUUGUACCAUUUAUUAAAGCUACAUCCCCAAACCCUGGGGACACGAUACACACACACACUUACUGUGUGUUCUGGACUGAAUUCUGUGUCUGUAUAAAUAUCUGACUCUGUGUGUACACAUUAUGUUUGUGUUACAGGAUGUUCACGUUAGAUAUAGAAGUUACUGAUAUGAUACUUUGAAUGUGUUUUUUUUUUUUUCUUAGCUAUUCGCUAACGAGAUAAACAGGAGAACAUGUUGGUGCUCUUUUUCUUCUUUUCUUUUUUUGUUUCUUUGUUCAAAAAUAUACGUGACUCCUCAGCGACCUGAGGGUUGAUCAGACUGACCAGAGAAUUUAACGCUCAUUUUUAAGCUCGACUAUCGUAUAGUAUUCCUUCUCACGUAGAUCCUUGUCUAAGUACUGUGUAACUACUAGAUGUAUAUUUAUUUAUAGCACUUCUUCACUGUUGUAGAUUAAAAGUUUUGUUAGUCUACGAGUAAAACAUCACACUCAAUGAGGUAGUAACGAGUGUGUUAAAAAUCUAAGCUGAUGUAAUGAAAGUUAAGUUCCAGAGUCAAUAGGUCAUCUUGCGCUCAGUCAUGUAGCGCACUUGGGACAUAAUCGCUAAACCCGUAGCGGAGUUAAUCAGCCCGGCUGCUGGAAGGUCACGCCAUGAAGCAGUGGUGCGUGUCCUCUAGGACGGUGCAGCUGUACUGAAAUCCUGACGAACCUCAGUGAAGGAAAAGUCGGAACUUGUUUUGAAACCUACAUUCCAUCAGCUUUACUUGAUCUAAAGAAAGACUGUAAUGCAUCAUCACGGAGACUUUAACUUUUCUGUUGAAGUCACUUCCUCCUCCUCCUCAUCAUCAUCGACUUGUCGAGAUUAACUGUUCCUCCUGGAGGACACUGUAGCUCAGUUAAACUAAUCACUGACCUGAAACCCAUGACAGCAGUUGUAUGUUAUAGUUAAAAUCAAAUGUUUUAUAAAGACUUUUGUUUCCAUGCAAGCAGCCCGAAAGUCAAAGGCACCGCUGAUGUGUUUGCAUUACGCUCUGAGCGCCGAGUGCGAAAACAACGGGCGCUUGUUUUGACAGCAAGUCUGAGUCAUCGGUGUUUGUGUGUACAGUUGUAAAGAGCGAACUUCCUCCGAAGAAGCGCUAGAUGAGAAAUCGAGGUCGGCGGAUGCACUCGGCUUUUUCUCGAGUCACUACGCGUUGGUGAAUGUAGGUAAAAAAACUUUUUUUUUUUUUGAAAGGUGUAGGAGCUAGUGAAGUUAUAUUUGCACAGCAUUCUGAGAAUGCAGCCCACUUGUUUGUUCAGAUUUGCUUGUACAUUGAGGCACUAAUUGUUAUCCGAAGGAUGGUACUUUUUUAUGCAUGUAAAUCCCCUGUUACUGUGCAACAGUUACAUGUGGAUAAUCUUUUUGUUUGUUUUUGUUUUUAAAGACUAUUAUUUUGUACUCAUUUUAUAACCUUCAUUUUCAAACGAUCCACCUCUACAGUGUAGUUCCUAAACUAAACUUCUGCUUGUUUUGUACGUGUGUCAGUAGUGAAGUUGCAUGGCAAAUGUCUGUAUUUUGAAUUUUUGUGCCAUGAAAAAGAAGCAAUAACGAGGCACCGAGAUCUUUAAUCAGUGGAAUGAGACGACGUCUGCAUCCGGUGUGUGCAUCUCCAAUAAAUGGCUUAUGAGACAACA